AUGAAAUCAUAUUGGGCGCAUCCUGUAAAUAAUGUAAUCCUUUGCCGAUCAAGAGUAACAUUCGAAUGUGUUAAAAUUCUUUAUAUUAACGUAAAACACCGUAUGCGUAAACGCACUGCAUUUGUUUGCCAUGUAAUCUAUCAAAUAUUUUCUCUUCAAGUAGAACUGAUUCAAUUCGGAACGGCGACUGGUUUUAAUAACGAUAUAAGGCUUUUGCUGGUCUGUCACAUUUACAAUUUUAAGCUUGUAGAUGCAAUAACACUAUUUCACAAUGUAAAUUGCCUCUCAAAAAGUAAAUCAAAAUUGACUAAAGCUAAUGCUAUGCAAGGCGAGAUUGAUUACAAAAUGUUUAUAAUACAAAGUAUACACCUGAUCUACUCUGUAACUAGUGUAGUUUCAUACUCUUUACUCCUGAAUGUAAUAUAUUAUAACUCCCUCAAGGAAAUUUUUAUGGAUCAUUUUGAUCGUUAA